CUGUGAGGGAAGCUUCUGGAAGGUAUUAGGCCUGGCCGCCAUCUUGUUAGUGAUAUCGCGUACUGUGCACAGAGGAGAGCGGAAUUAAAGACCCACUUGUGAGGAGACAUGGCUUCUGACGACUUUGAUAUUGUGAUAGAAGCAAUGCUGGAAGCUCCCUAUCAAAGCCAAGAGACUGAGGAAGAAAUUUCAAACAAAGAGUUAAAGGAGCGAGAAAGCAGGAGCCGUUCUGGCAAAAAUGGCAGCUACAGUAGCAGCAGCAGAAAGAGUCGAACUCUGAGUCGUGAUCGACGUAGAAGCCGUAGUCGGAGCAGGGAGAGACACAGAAGAAGGAGCAGCAGGCAUAGAAGUCAUGAACGUCGAUACAGAAGCCGUAGCAGAGGCAGGGGGUACAGAUCUAGGAGCCGUGAUCGGAGCCACCGCCAUGAACGUUCCAGGCACUACAGUCCUGGGCGACGUUAUACACGCAGUAGGAGUCGCAGUCCCCGACACAAAGAAAAGAGCCCUCUCAGGAAACCUGAACCUAAUUUGACUCCAGAAGAACGGGAUGCCCGGACAGUGUUCUGUAUGCAGCUGGCUGCGCGCAUUCGUACACGAGACUUGGAAGACUUUUUUUCAGCUGUUGGAAAAGUACGUGAUGUAAGGAUAAUUUCCGACAGAAACUCGCGCAGAUCAAAGGGCAUAGCAUAUGUCGAAUUUGUUGACAUCCAGUCUGUGCCUCUCGCUAUUGGGCUAACUGGACAAAGGUUGCUGGGUGUGCCUAUCAUUGUGCAGGUUUCACAGGCUGAAAAGAAUCGCCUGGCUGCCAUGGCCAGUAAUCUCCAGAGGUAUAACACUGGACCCAUGCGUCUGUAUGUAGGAUCUUUACAUUUUAACAUCACAGAAGAAAUGUUGACUGGAAUCUUUGAACCUUUUGGAAAGAUUGAGCAUAUUCAGCUUCUGAGAGAACCUGAUACUGGACGGUCCAAAGGCUAUGGUUUUAUAACUUUUGUAGAUGCAGAGUGUGCUCGUCGGGCUCUGGAACAGCUAAAUGGAUUUGAACUGGCUGGUCGACCAAUGAAGGUUGGUCUCGUGACUGACAGAGCAGAUGGCAAUACUGACCCCUCGUUCCUUGAUAAUGAUGACCUGGAGCGCAGUGGUAUUGAUCUGGGUGCAACUGGGCGAUUGCAGCUUAUGGCUAAAUUGGCAGAAGGUACAGGUCUGCAGAUACCUCUUGCUGCCCAGGCUGCUCUUCAGCUUAAUGGAGCUAUUCCGCUGACUGCCUUGAAUCCUGCCCUUUCAGCUCUCAGCCCAGCCCUCAGCUUGGCGACACAGCCUAUCUCCACACAGUACAUCCCGCUUUCACAGCUCUUUAACCUGCAAUCUAUGUAAAUGAAGAAAAGCUUUGCUUACAGAUUCAGAAUUAAUCUGUGUGACUUAUUGUACAGACCUUGUUGUGAUAUUAUUUUUUUUUUUUUCCUGUUUCUACUCUGCUGAUUGGCUGGGUGGGGAAACCCAGAAUCGGUCACCCUUUAUUUUUGUAAAAAGAUGGUUGGAAAAUUGCUGUACUUAGGGGGGGAAAAAAGGAUUUUGUAAAUACAUAUGCACACUUACACCUAAUAUAUCUAUAGCUGGAGAUUGUUCUCCAUUAAAGGUCGGGUUUUUUUUUUUUUUGUGUGUGUGCUGUAGAGACUUCGGCAUCUUCGCACCCCUCUGUACCCUCGGGAGCAUGCUCUCUCGGAGGGUUGGAAUUGUAGAAUAUGUAAAUAAUGAUACGUGUAGAUGGUUUUGUGCAAUCUGUGUAUGUUUGGAUGUGUAUAAAACAUUCUGAUCUACACUAAAAUGGUGAAAUCACAUUUAACGAGGCAUCCUCCGUGGCACUGCAGGAUGUUCAGCUUAUUGUGCAGCACAAGUUAUGUUUUGGCAUCUGGUUCCUCCUCACAGCGGCUCACCAGUACUCCUCUCUGGCUGCUGUGAUGUCUUGACUUGGAUAUUGCAUUAAACUGUAUACAGUGCUUAUUAGGGAAGACCUCACAUUUCACUCUCUGUAUCUAUUACUACCUCGUAACAGAAGGAAAACAUUCAAUUACGUGAACCUUAAAGAGCACCCGUCUCACCUCCUGACAUGCCUUUUUACUAAUUUGUAUUCCAAAUGAAACCACUAUUCUGGCGUGCCCUUCAUAUAACUCUUUUGUGCCAGUCCUAUGUUAUCGCUGAGAGAAGUUUAUGAACAAAGUUGGGGGGUCGUCCCUGUACAGUCUGACCCUGUCCAGUCAGUGCUGCCAGUGUGGAACUGUGCAGGAACACACCGCCAACUAGUAAAACCGUUAAAAAAAACAGACCUGUCGAGAGGUGAAAGAUCAUCUGUAAGCCCAUCUGAAUGUUUAAGUCCAUGGUUUAAUUUUCAUCUUGUAUCUGUAAGCGUUUCAGAGUGUGGUGAGCAAGGUGGUCUUUAGUGGUUGUAUAGCUUUCUAGAAUUCCAGUUCAUCUCUAAGUGGUCUUGUGUAUCGCAUCCCUGCUAUGGUUAAAACUUACAAGGUUAUACGAUUAGGUUACCCUACAAGGUUAUAAGAAUGUAGUGAAGUAAGAAAUGCAACAAUCUGUAGAGUGGAGCAUGCACUGUUACCCUCGCUUGUUAAUUUUUGGGACCACCUAUGAGCUCUGUUUGUCAGCCCACCUUCUGAAAAUACUGUAUAAAUAUUUUCCCUAAAAACUUACCAAAUAUGAGGUCUGCUGGGGUUCACUUUAUUUUGUUAUGUCAUUCUUUUUUAAAAUUUUGUUAAAAAAAAUAAAUCUAAUUAAAGUUACUUAAAUUA